AUGGCAGACCAGCGGGCUGUAGAGGAACGACAGCGCCCAUGGGUGACUGUGCGAUGGCUCCCGAUGAGCACCAACAUACGGUCCCUAGGCGAAUGGUUUGUCAACGAUCGUGAAGGCUGGAACUAUGCUGACGAAGACUUAGCACACUUCGGAACUGCUUUGGACAGAAUCGGCAACUGGGUGCUUGCUCACGAUCUGGAGAUGUACACAACUGAAGAUCUUCAUGCUCAUCUCGAAGCAUCGACCCAGAUCGAUUUUCGCCUUUCCAACACCGCUGUUCGCGAUCUUGUCGCAAUGUUGGUUGGUUUUCGAAUCAUCCAAGAGGUGAAUGUCUAUGGUGGUUUGCUCUGA